UGGGACCCUGAGCUCGCCCCUAGUCAAUGGUCCUCUGUGUGUGUCUUUCAGAGCCGCCUUUUCUUAAGCAAACAUGCACCGAACAACCAGAAUCAAAAUAACAGAGCUAAACCCCCACCUCAUGUGUGUGCUCUGCGGCGGGUACUUCAUUGAUGCAACAACCAUCAUAGAGUGCCUCCACUCCUUCUGUAAGACGUGUAUCGUACGUUACUUGGAAACAAGCAAGUAUUGUCCUAUAUGUGAUGUCCAAGUUCACAAAACCAGACCGCUUUUGAAUAUAAGGUCAGAUAAAACUCUCCAAGAUAUUGUGUACAAAUUAGUACCAGGCCUUUUCAAAAAUGAAAUGAAAAGAAGAAGGGAUUUUUAUGCAGCUCAUCCAUCAGCUGAUGCUGCCAAUGGCUCUAAUGAAGACAGGGGAGAAGUUGCAGACGAAGACAAAAGAAUUAUAACCGAUGAUGAGAUAAUAAGCUUAUCCAUUGAAUUCUUUGACCAGAAUAGACUGGAACGAAAAGGAAAUAAAGAGAGAGAGAAAUCCAAGGAAGAGGUGAAUGAUAAAAGAUAUUUACGCUGCCCAGCUGCAAUGACAGUGAUGCAUCUAAGAAAGUUUCUCCGAAGUAAAAUGGACAUACCUAAUACUUUUCAGAUCGAUGUGAUGUAUGAGGAGGAACCUUUGAAGGACUACUACACACUAAUGGAUAUUGCCUAUAUUUACACUUGGAGAAGGAAUGGACCUCUUCCUCUGAAGUAUCGGGUUCGGCCGACUUGCAAAAGAAUGAAGAUCAGCCACCAGAGAGAAGGCUUACAUAAUAGCGGAGAACUAGAAAGUGACUCUGGGAGUGACAAAGCAAGCAGCCCAGCGGGGGGCAUCCCCUCCACUUCAUCUUGUUUGCCCAGCCCCAGCACUCCUGUGCAGUCUCCGCAUCCUCAGUUUCCUCAUAUCUCUAGUACUAUGAAUGGAACCAGCAGCAGCCCCACCAGCAAUCACCAGUCCUCUUUUACCAACAGAGCACGGAAAACAUCAAUAAAUGGCUCUUCAGCAACUUCAUCUGGCUGAUACCUCAAACAGACUGCGGAAAACCCUGAUUUAUAUAGGUCUCUUCAUGCCAUUACAGCUUUAUAGAUGCAAAUCCAUGUGACUAUCAUCCAGAUCGCUUUCUUUUGGAGUAACACCGGACUUGGUUAUGAAAGAUGGACUAGGUGACUGAUCAUGUGGACGUUAAUUACAACGAAAGAUUGUUCUUCUGUAAAGAAUUAUUUUCAAAAAACUUGGAAGCAAACAGAAGUGUACCACGAUGUGUUUAGGAAAGAGGUGGAGUGUUUCUGUCAUCAUUUGGACGUGGGAACCUCUGACAGUGGAUACAAACGUUGGGAUGUAGUUUGUUAAUCCAGACUAACUCCUAUGUUACAUUCUCUUCGAUUGUUAUUGUUAUUAUGCUGUUUUGUGAACCUGUAGAAAGCAAGUGCUUUUUCAUCUUGAAAUUCAACAAAAUGGAAAGAAUAUGCAUAGAAUAAUGCAUAUAUGUAGCCAUGUCACUGUGAAUAACAAUUUCUUGCAUAUUAGCCAUUUUGAUUAUGUUGCAUCCUUACUUUUCUGUUGCUGCGCAGAACCGAUCAAAAUGAAAGUAAACUUCAGUUUUAUAAUUUGUAUGCCUAAAAGCGGGUAUUACCGUUUUAGUUACUGACUUGUUUAAAUGAUUCGCUUUUGUAAGAAUCAGAUGGCAUUAUGCUUGUUGUACAAUGCCAUAUUGGUAUAUGACAUAACAGGAAACAGUAUUGUAUGAUAUAUUUAUAAAUACUAUAAAGAAAAUAUUGUGUUUCAUGCACUCAUGAUAUGGUUGUUAAAUUUCCAAACUGGUUCGACCCUUGCAGAUGCCUGCCACCUGUUUGAAUUCUGCUGAUCUCGCAGAGAAUACUUUGUGUGUGAAAGCUUCAGUAUUUGAGAGCUAACACAAAGAUCUGUUAAUCUGACAGCAACUGGCAAUCCUACUAUGAUUUAUGGGCUUUAUCUUGUUUCAAGUGAUAUAUUUUUACUUUUAUCCAAGGAUACUAAUAGUUUAAAUGGUGCAGUGAAGAAAAAAUAAGGAAAAUGGAAGUGAUUUAUAAGUUUGGUUAGUUUUAUUUGGUGUGAUGGUAUUGUGUUUUUUAAAAAGCACAUGGAAUCAUUAUAGAAGCCAUUAAAUAUGUGGUAUAAAUUUUAAGGAACCAGCAAGUUGCUGGAUGAAGGCAUUUUAUCUAAAUUUGUUUUAAUAUAUACGUAUAUGGUACAGUACUAACUUCAUUAAAAUUUAGCAGGUACUUUAAUAUCUCCAGUAAACUGUGGCGAAUGCCUCCUUUUUAAUGUUCUGCAAAUAGGAGCAUUUUACCAGAGGCUUCCAGAAGUUGUUUGAACUAGAAGGAACAGUUUCAACUAAAAAUAUGAACAGCCCCGAGCACUUGUCAGUUUGUGCUUUGCUUUGGUCGAACUUCCUGUGUGUUCUUCACCCAUCAUUUAUACAUUUGUGAGGGUGUUUAUUCUAUAUGGAUAUUGUUUCACGUUUGUACGGGAAAAUUGUAGUUAAACAUUUCAUUGUCUCCAGUCUGCAACAGAAGCACAAUUCUAUUGCUUUGUCUUGCUUAUAGUCAUUAAAUCAUUACUUUUGCAUAUAAA